AUGCAUAUUUCAAGCUUGAUCAGGCCCAUAGGUCAAUUUUGGAGAACUCACGUAAAAAAAUUUGGUGCAUAUGAAAAAGUCUAUCCAAUUGAAACCACACCCAGUAGGCCAGUGCCUGAUCACAUAGCAAGACCGGAUUAUAUAACAGGCCUUCCUCAUGGAAUUCCCAAAUUACCUGAAACCAAAGAUCAAGAACAGAUAAAUGGAAUGCGCGCUAGUUGCCAGCUUGCAGCAAGCAUAUUAAAUAGAAUGCAGUCUUUUAUUCAACCUGGUGUAAGAACAGAUGACAUUGAUGAUUUAAUUCACUAUUUCAUUAUUAAUGCUAAUGCCUAUCCUUCACCUUUACACUAUAGAGGGUUUCCAAAAAGUGUUUGUACAUCUGUAAAUAAUGUUGCUGUACAUGGUAUCCCAGAUCUAAGACCAUUAGCAAAUGGUGAUAUAGUUAAUGUAGAUAUAACAGUUUAUUACAAUGGUUAUCAUGGAGAUUGCUCAAAAACAUUUUUAGUGGGUGCAGUUGAUGCAAAGGGACAAGAACUGGUUGCAGUAACUGAAGAAUGCCUUUCACAUGCUAUCAAACUAUGUGGACCUGAUGUUCCUUUCUGUGAUAUUGGUUUAAGGAUACACAGAUAUGCAAAGAGUAAAGGAUUGACAGUUUUGCCAGCCUUUGCAGGACAUGGCAUUGGCAAAUAUUUUCAUGGUCCUCCAGAUAUCUUUCAUAUGAUUAACAGAUAUCCCGGUUUGAUGAAAGCUGGUAUGACAUUUACUAUAGAACCAGUAUUAUCUCAUGGCCGAGAAAAUACAUACAUAUUAGAUGAUGGUUGGACUGUAGUUACAGAAGAUGGAUCUAGAACAGCUCAAUGUGAACAUACUAUAUUAAUUACAGAAGGAGGUGCAGAAAUUUUAACUAGAUAG